UUAGUCUCCAGGAGGUUUUCAAGGGUCUUGUUUUGAUUUCUGCAGCUUUGACAUGUCUGUGCUCCAACUGCAACCAAGCCAAUUCCACCUGUGAAACGGACGGUGCCUGCAUGGUGUCGGUCUUCAACCUGGACGGCGUCGAGCAUCACGUUCGGACCUGCAUUCCCGAGGCGAAGUUGGUUCCUGCUGGGAAACCCUUCUACUGCCUGAGUUCAGAAGACCUACGCAAUACUCACUGCUGCUACUCCGAUUUCUGCAACAAAAUCGAUUUAAUGGUUCCCAGUGGGCACCUGAAAGAAAACGAACCCCAGUCGAGCUGGGGUCCUGUGGAGCUGGUGGCAGUGACUGCUGGACCCAUCUUCCUUUUGCUUGUUGUCAUGAUCAUAGUGGUCCUUGUUUGUCACCACCAUCAACGAGUCUAUCACAAUCGGCAGCGGUUGGACAUGGAAGAUCCCUCUUGUGAGAUGUGCCUGUCGAAGGAUAAGACCUUGCAAGAUCUAGUCUAUGAUCUCUCCACCUCUGGCUCUGGCUCAGGUCUGCCGCUCUUUGUCCAGCGGACCGUGGCCCGGACUAUCGUCCUGCAGGAGAUCAUUGGCAAGGGCCGCUUCGGGGAGGUGUGGCGUGGCCGGUGGCGCGGGGGCGACGUAGCCGUGAAAAUCUUCUCCUCGCGCGAGGAGCGCUCCUGGUUUAGGGAGGCAGAGAUCUACCAAACCGUUAUGCUGCGGCAUGAGAACAUCCUGGGGUUUAUUGCUGCGGAUAACAAAGAUAAUGGAACGUGGACCCAGCUGUGGCUCGUCUCCGACUACCAUGAGCACGGAUCACUCUUCGACUACCUUAACCGCUACACGGUGACUAUUGAGGGGAUGAUAAAACUUGCCCUGUCUGCUGCUAGCGGAUUGGCCCAUCUGCACAUGGAGAUCGUGGGUACUCAGGGAAAGCCUGGGAUUGCUCAUAGAGACUUGAAAUCCAAGAACAUUUUGGUGAAGAAGAAUGGCACGUGUGCCAUCGCUGACCUUGGUCUGGCUGUCCGGCACGAUUCUGUUACCGAUACAAUUGAUAUUGCACCAAAUCAAAGGGUUGGAACCAAACGAUACAUGGCCCCCGAAGUCUUGGAUGAAACCAUUAACAUGAAACAUUUUGAUUCAUUUAAAUGUGCGGAUAUUUAUGCCUUGGGCUUGGUCUACUGGGAGAUCGCUCGGAGGUGCAACGCAGGAGGUAUCCAUGAGGAGUAUCAGCUUCCAUACUAUGACCUGGUACCUUCCGAUCCCUCUAUCGAGGAGAUGCGGAAGGUUGUAUGCGAUCAGAAGUUACGGCCCAACAUCCCCAACUGGUGGCAAAGCUACGAGGCGCUGCGGGUGAUGGGGAAGAUGAUGCGGGAAUGCUGGUACGCCAACGGAGCGGCGCGGCUCACGGCCCUCCGCAUCAAGAAAACCCUCUCGCAGCUCAGUGUCCAGGAAGAUGUGAAAAUCUAAGCCCUGAGCCCCAGCGAGGAGGCAGAGCGCGCAGAAGCUGCCGUGCUAGAGUGGCCGUGGGAUGGAGGCCUACCUCGUGUUU